AUGGCACGUGCUGAUAAGCAACUUCCGCAGCCGCAGUGCCAGCAGGGGAGCAAGAGAAAGGGAAGUGAGCUCACCCCACCAGGAGCCGCGAGUCCCUUGGACGAAGAGGAGCCGACCCUGCCGCACAGGCCGGGAAGUACGCGGGGGGGCAGAACGGGAGCCACAAAAAGCGGGACUGGAGAGGCGAGAGCCAUGCUUCCAGCCAAAGAGAGUGGAGAGGGCCAGCAGAAGAAGAACACAGGUACACGCCCUAAGGACAAGAAAAGGCGCGUUGUCCUCAAUAAAGGGGCCUACGCAGUAAGGGACUCAGAUACCGAUGACACGGGAUCCGAGGAAAGUACCCAAAGCCAGCGUCCGGGGAUGGCAAAAGCCCUCCCUACUACCAUGAAGGCCAGGAAAAAGGCCACCGGUGUGGUGACGAGCUCCCCAAAAGAUGUUCCGAAGGAGAUAGGCCCCGUCGAGUACAGGUACAUGACCGCGGCAGAUCUGGGAGCCCAGAUCAGGGAGUGGAUGGAGGAAAUUGACGGCAUCAGGAUGAAAUGCAAGUCAAUGAACGGCAGACUGAGCGGCGAAAUAAAAAAGAGAGUGGGCUGGGCGAAAGAAGCUCUGCUCACCCUUACCGGCAGAGCAGAAAUGGCAGCCCGUCCCGCAGAGCUACGGGAGGAGAAAAGGAAGCUGGAGACCCAGGUCCGGGAUGGACUAAGGGAGAGGGAGAAGCUCCAGAAGAGGCUUGAGGAGUACCGGGCAGCCCUAGGGAGAGCCUGGGCGGCGGCGGUAAACACGGCGGGGGAAACCAGCGAGGGUCAGCCGACAGCGACGUCGACCGGCACCUCGGAACUCGGAUUCCGACUCACUGAAUCCGAACUAUACCUGGUCCCGGAAGAGGACAGGGCCAGGAAUGAAGAGCUGGCCAGGCAAACCGCGGCCCUCAGGCAAGUGCGAGAGGAGGUCAGCCGGAUCUCCCGCAUGCUGCGCAGCACAAGAGACGGGGGAAAUCCAAGCCACACCGCGGCCACCCCGGAUGCCGUAAGGGAAAGAGGUGUGGGCCUCGGACCGCCCAACAAGGCGCACGCGGUACCUAGCGCGGCCCGAGAUACCGCAGAACCCAUAGAAAAAGCCCCAGGCGCGGCAAGCUCCCCAAUGGAGGUAGGCGACGACGCCUGGGUCGAAGUGGGAAGAAGCGGCGCGGCGGCGAAGGAAAAGAAGAAGAAGGAGGAGAGAUUGACUAAGGGGAACCCCCCAGGAGGGGCAAAUUACAGCAGGUUGGCAACGAAGGCUAGGCCAAGGGUCCUACCGUCGACCCAGGCGCAACCAGGUGCGAACAAACCGCCCGGAGCCACCCGCAAGGCCCCGAGAGCCGCGGCGCUGGAAGAGCUGGACAUAGGGGGGACCAGGGUUCGGCGAGCAGCCAAUGGCGGGGUGCUCAUAGAAAUACCCGGACCCGAGAACGCGAAGAAGGCGGACGCCCUGGCGGAGCGACUCUCCGAUGUAAUCGGGGAAAAAUACGGCGACGCGGUCCAGGUGAUGCGACCGUCAACCAAGGGUGAGCUGAGGGUACAAGGGCUGGACGACUCGGUGACGACAGAGGAGCUGGCCCGCACCCUAGCGAAGCAGGGAGGAUGCGGUUCACAGGAGAUCCGAGUAGGCCCUCCUCGGAGAACGGCUAGCGGGCUCUUCAGCGCUUGGGUGCAGUGCCCUCUAAGGGCAGCCACAACCGUGGCGGCAAAGGGUAGGAUUAAAAUAGGCUGGACCAUAGCCAGGGUCGAGCUACUGGAGGCGCGGCCCCGUCAAUGCUACAGGUGCUGGGGUUUUGGACACAUAGGCACCGCGUGCAACGCACCGGCAGCGCGCGGGCGUGCGUGUUUCAGGUUUCGCAGCGAGGGACACCAGACGAGAGGCUGCACAUCCACCCCGAAAUGCACGGUGCGCGACAGCAAAGGGAAGAACAGCGCCCACAGGAUGGGAUCGGGACGCUGCGCAUCGGUCAGUGAACGGGGUCGGGGGCCCGCAGCCAGGGACACCGUAGAUGGCCAGGCUCUUCCUGCAGAGCAACCUGAACCAUAG